AUGCAGUCAACAAACGGAAAGAAUAUACUUGCUCCACUGAUUGAAGUUUUGCCGUUGGAAAUUCUCGACCGAAUAGUAGAAUGGCUUUCAGAAGGGCAAGUGAAUAUAUGUGGCUUGAGUAAAGACUCCGAGAGAUUCCCGCCAUAUACGUACAUCACAAAUAAUGAACGAUGCAACGGCUGCUACAGGGAUUUGCUUUCGCUAUCAUCAACUAGUCGAACUAUGAGAAUUAAAGUAGGAGGUGUACUAUUUCGCAACAUCAGUCUAGUUCGUCAAAACCAGAUUGAUUCGGUGCUUUCUACACCUAGAUCGCGUCAACUAUAUAGUGACGAAAAGGCUUACCACAGGGAAUUUAUCAAAGAGGUUAUAAGCGGUAACAUUGAAAACUGCAGUAAAAGCGAAUUGGCUAGAUCAAGUUUCAAGCAUCAUAUUAUUGGUGAUCAGAAUUUUAAGUGCUACUACGAGAACAGGCUUUCCUUGUGCAAUUUUGUUAGGUAUUUGGAAUGUGGCAACGAAGUUUUGAAUAGCACCGAAUUGAUGAUGUUUCCCAACUUGACAGAAUUGAGAAUUUUAGAGGAAUGUGUCAACUCAAAGAUCCAAAGCAAGAUAGAAGUCCCCAAAUUGGAGUAUUUGGCAGUUCACGCACAGACAUUACAAAUGUCAGAGGCAUUAUUGGACUCACUUAAUAGCUUACGCCGUUUGGAUUUGUUUUUAAACUACUCGGAUAUUCCUGCUACGAUUGGUGUUCAAGGGAUUUUGAAGCACUUGCUGCAACACGCACCCAUCUUUGAAGAAGUUGCAGUUUUUUUGGAGCAACCAUAUAACUUGUGCUAUACAGAGACCAUGAGAUUGUUGAAAUUGGUGGCUUCCUCACCACAGUUGCGAAAAUUGACAAUUAGGGUGAAAAGGCGAAAGAGCCCUCUGCAGCUGGGUCAAGGAGAUUAUGAAGUUUACUUGGAUUACAUUGGCGAUGAGCUACUAAGCAUAUUUGAAUCAGUUGAAAUCUUGAUAAUUGAUAUCUCACUAUUGAAUGUAAUCAAACUCAAUCCAACAUUGGAGAUAUCAAACCAAGGAAUACCGCUAAGGGGGAAACAGAUUAUUCUUGUGGAUAGGGCUGUACUGGGACCGAAGUUGUCCUUGACACAGAAAGAGGUUUUAGGAGCUAUAAUCAAAAGGUGUGGAAUUACCAGCUUUUCUUAUUAUUAUGGAGAAGCGCUUGAAGAAAGCCAUCUUCAUGUUUUGAAUAUCGUGACUGAUUUUAUUUGCUGGAUGAUUGAUCCAAUCUCUAGUCGAGGUCAAAGGUACGAAGGUUUGGAGAUGGUAUACAUUGAAAAAUGUUGGUCAAUUACCGAUGACUCUGCAAUCAGAGAGUUCAUACACAAAUCAAUGAUGUCAGAUCUAACGCGCUCCUCGAUUAAUCAUAUUAAAGUUUGGGAUCGAUUGGUACUCAAUUCGCCAAGGUAUAAAAAGCGGGAAGAUUUUGAAUUAUUUAUUGGAGAGCAACAACUGUACAACGUCACAACUAAUGAAGGGUACUUCAUUGGAUCCUCAAACAUGCCCACGAACGCAGUGACGAUCACGACAUCACAUGCUACGGGUCUGAGACAUGCUGAAAAUUACUUCUGGAGCACAGAGACAUCACUAUGUGAUUUUGAGCAGUAUUGCAUACGCCAAAGAAGAAGCUUAUUAUUUGGGUGA